AUGGAGACUUCUGGAAUCAAGUGGAAAGCGGAAGAGCAGAGGGAAGAUUUGGAAGGGCAGAUGUCUAGUCAACCCAGCACAUCUUCUGCAAAGCCUACGGGGAAAAAACGAAAAAAGUCAGAGAAAGAAAAAGGUUGUAAACCAAAGGAGGAAAAAACACAAGACACUGAGGCGCCAGGACACACGCGCAGGAAGGUACCAGUUCCUCCUAUGCCAGAUUAUCUGCCCCCAGUGAACCUGAUUCACCGAGAUGUCGUGCGAGCAUGGUGCCUCCAGAAGAGACUGAGCAGCAAAGGCCAGCUUGAGUUGAAGAAUGUUCCUGACUCAGCCAAAGAGGCCAGGUUGAAGACCUCUCACAAAAAAAUGAAGACCGAACCGGAAGAGUCUAAGGUAGCAGUUCCGCUUGAAAUCGUCCCUGUACCAGAGGAGCAGAUACCCGCCCUCAUUGAUCCUCCAGUGCUCUACGAAGAAGUCAGCACCACGGUUGUGGCGACACCUUCCUCAGAGGCAGUGUUGGCAUCUUGGGCCAGAAUUGCAUCCAGUGCUAAAAAGUUCGAGGCAGUGCCAGCCAGUGCAACAUCUGCCGGAGGCCAAGGGGAAAUGUGGUGUGUGGUUCACGGGACAAGCCUUCCUGGGAACUCAAAGGGUUGGGUUCGCCUGCAGUUCCACGCUGGACAAGCCUGGGUGCCUGAUAAGAAAGGGAGAGCGGUUGCCCUCUUCCUGAUUCCGUCCUGCACGUUCCCACCCUCACACCUGGAGGACAACAUGCUGUGCCCCAAUUGUGUUCAUAGGAACAAGGUCUUGAAUAAGAGCCUCGAAGGAUGAAGGACAGAAAUCUUAGUUUGAGCUAGCUGCUCGCAUCAGUCUUGUGACGUGAUGGGCAGAGCCGCAGCUGACAUUCAGACUGAUGGAAAUCCAGAUCUCUGCCUCUGAUGGUGCCUUUCUCACCCAGAAGUUACGGGCUGUUGUAAGUUAGUUGAUGCUUAAGUAGAAGCAGUUUGGAAAAAGCCAGUGAGGCCACCUCUGCUCAUUUUGAUGACUGAUACCGGGAGUGGCUUCCUACUCUUGCGUGAAGAUACAAAAAGUAUCCUAUGUGUUUUGCUGCAUGUGGGUCCUGGGGCAGGAGUAUGACAUCUCCAGAUACAACAGUUGCUAGUCCUGACACCAACACAGUGGUGUCAUAGACAGUUCAGUGGUCAACUGUAAAGAUUUCGCUUGUACCUGUAGCCUCUGCAUGUCAUCUUC